AUGCCUGCAGCACCGAAAGAAGAUUCAUGGGCGUUUCAGGUAGAGUUAAAUAAAGGCGCAUACCGUAAUUCGGGAAGAAAUUAUUGAAUUUUUCAGCCGAUCGGUUCGCCAUUUCCCGAUGCACCAGUUCGUGCGCCAAAUCAAAACAAUCAAUAUGUUGCACUUUGGUAUAAACAUGGAAAACCAAUUCAUGGAAGAGCUUGGAAUAAUGACGGAGUUGUUGAAUGCUCAUUUCCAUAUAAUAAAUCGGAGUUGAAAGGAAAACAAGAUUUGGGUGGACAAAUUCAGAUUUUGCAAUAUAAAGGAGAUUAUAAUUCAUUGGGUUAGUUGGAAAAUAAUGUGAUUUUUAGGGAGAAAGAAGAAACUGUCCUUUGAUGUGAAAUCAUUCAAUUGGUUUGAAGUGACCAGUUCAUGUGCGCUCCUUUGAUAUCUAGGAGUCAACUAGUUCAAAACAGUCUAUUUUCUUUUUUUUCAGGAUACUGGUAUGAAUGGCUUCCACUCAAACAACGCCACGAAAACAACGAAGGAAUCCGUGAACUUGUUCGAUGCGGAAACUCUGUUCCAGUUUUGGCAAAACUCAAAGAUGGUUCGGACAAAAUGGGAUAUCUCGAUCUCAAUUCCGAAGUCGCCCUAUUUUCCACAAAUGGAACAACCGAAAAAUAUGAGGGUGGAGCCACUGCCAAUUUUUUGACAAUUUUCCGUAAUUUGAAACCACCUCCAACUGGAAUCAAAGUCUACGAUGAUUUGUGGUUCGAUUUACGCUACAAUGAUAAUUUCCCGGCGAAUGCUGUUCCAGCAGAUGGACGUCCUUUGAAUACCGAAACUGGACCACAUACUCAAUAUGUUGCACUUUGGUAUAAACACGGUGAACCGGUAUUUGGAAGAGCUUAUCCAAGUGGAGCCGGUAAAACAAUGGCGCAUUUCGGAAAGAAUAAUCAGGUGAGGAUUUGUGGUGAACAAAAAAAAAUAAAACAACAGCGCUCUAAACGUACGCUCCCAUUAUGGUCUAAAAAAUGAAGCUCAUUUUAAAAAUUGUUUUUAGGAAAACGCGGGUCCCGAAAUUGGAUCAAUGCAAUUAUUGACAGUUCCUGAAGCCUCUUGCAUUGGUUUGGAAUAUAAAUGGAUGCCUUUGGCCGAAGGAAAAGCUGGAGGAUGGGAAACUGUUCAUAUCGGCGAUUCGGCUCCAUGUAUUUUGAAAGAUGACAAAGGACUCGAGGUUUUGGGAAAUUUGGCAUUAUCGAUUGAAAAAGCAUCGGCUGGUUAUGGUGGAAAAGAGAAGAUUAUUAGUGGAGGACCGGCUGUUGGAAAAUUGAAAGUGCUUUUCAAGAGAAGAAUUAAUUGA